UUAGGCCCGUCCUCCUGCAAUAUGGCUCCGAUGGUUCGUUUAUCCUCUACAGCGGUGGUUAUAACCGCUGUUCUAGCGUUUUACAUCGAAUUAGGAAAUUGCAACAAUGGUAGAAGGACAUCAGAUGGCAUGGAGUCGGACCUCGCCAGCUUCUCUGUGCCUCUGGAGCAUUCGUUCGAAACGGAUGACACGACCAGAUUUCGGGCUCGUGGCAGCAUCCAGCUGAGGGCGGGCAGAGAGAACAGUGUGGUCCUGUCUCAAACCGAACUCUCCAAGAAGGACAGAAACUUACUCAGGGAAGUAGCCGCCGUGGACGGUCUGUACAGGAUCCGGGUACCUCGAGUGACUCUACAGGCAGACAGAACAGCAGAGAGACUGUCGGAUGAUUAUCUAACUGCAUUUGUCAGAGCUUGCUCUCUGCUCGAGUCUCGCCUCAGUGACGUGAUCACGCUGCACACGGACGUCAGCGGCUGCCUCAUCGGUGUCUCCAUAGUAACGGUGCCGGGCGCGUGCCGUGGAGUGGACGUGGAGGACGAGUUCGAUCUGGAAACGUUCAACACCACCAUAAGCGUUAUGGCACCGGUCAAUGCACCGGCCCCAGAGACGGCGCUCUUCAUUGAAAGAAUGGAGCAGGAAGCAGACAAGAAAGGAAAACCUCAGGAGCAGAAAUCCUUCUUCGCUAAAUAUUGGAUGUACAUCGUUCCCCUCGUUCUGUUCCUGAUGAUGUCGGGAGCGCAGGAUCAGUCUGGAGGCGGCGGCGGCGCGGCUAACGGCGGCGGGCGAUGAUCGCCGCGCCGAUCGUACAGUUGUACAUAAUUGUAAUAAUUUAAAGUAACACACUCACACACACACACACAUGGAGGACGAGUCUGAUGCACAACUACACGCCUGGUUUGUUUUUACUACUGAAUGUGAAAUAAAACUAAUUCUAAAUCUU